AUGAGCCUUCCGUGUGCCUGGUGGAUGGCACUGGUGUGGGCAGUGCCAAAGAUUCAUGGCUUGCGCCCAUCUGCCGACCACAACAUCUCUCGCGCGGAUGUUUGCUGUUGCAAAGAGUUCGGCGACAAUUUCGAGUUCCAUGACGCAAGGCAGAUUUACCCAUAUUGCCAAGCUUUGAAAACGUUCAGGAGUGACCGGCCCUUCUGGUACUACCCGGCCACAGGCGGAAAUCUCAAAGCAAAGUGCUGUUGGACGAGCGGUUGGUCCUGCAGCUCUACCGGAGACCACGACAAUGCCGGGACGGAAAUUCCCUCCGAGAAGCAUGCGGAGAGCUGCCCGUACCACGGCCCCACGGGAACCCCUGAAGGAACGGUGCAGGUUCCGGACACUUGGGAGGAGGUGAAGGGGAGCUGUUGCUGCAAGCAAGGGGUCCUUGAGGGCGUGUGCGCCACUUGGAAGAAUCUACGAGGAGUAGAACGACCCUUCUGGUUUUAUUCCCAUGGCUACGGUAAGCCCGGCGAGUGCUGUUGGGCGGGUGAUGUGACCUGCUUGCCCACGUUCGGUAUUUUCGGGUCGGACGGAAAUGGUGGCGACAAGGUUUCUGGCGAUGCUCGGAGGGAGAGGAAUGUGAUUGACACUGUCGACCUUUCCAAGAAGGCCGCCGACAAGGCCUCGGAAGCUCUCUCGGACAAGGAAAAGGCGAAGAGGGGUCCGGUGAAGCUGACUCCAUCCAUCCUGGGGCAGGGUGUCUUCGAGCCAAGGCCUACCUCGUUGUGUAAGGAAUUCCGGUACUGCUACGACGGUCCAGAAACCUCACAGACAGCAAGAACGCAGAAGAUGUGGGAUGCCACCGGCUAUGUCACUGGCGAGGUGUGGUUUAAUUGGAUUCACGUCGUACCAGUACCAAGCGAGGGCUACUGCCUUUGGGUGGUCAGGAGCCCGCAACGCAACCUGGAGCUGAAAGAGUCAACGACGCAAACCUCUACACAAUGUCCUUUCGGUGGCUUCCCCUUACAGAAGCAAGGGAAUAUCGACCCUGUGGGCGAACUUCGGCAAGAAGCCCAGAAGUUUGCAGGCUACUUUGAGUCUGAAGAGAGUGCCCCGGGCCUCUGA